GGCCGCGUCCCGUGCAAGGACGACCGCGCCAGCAUGUCCCUCGUCUGCAAGGCGUGGCGCGCCAUGGUCGCCCGCCUCAGCGCGCGCCCGCCGCCGCCGCUCCCGUGGCUCCUCCUCCCCUCGCGCUUCCGCAGCCACCCCACCUUCCGCGCCGCUUGCGUCCUCAGCGGCUCCUGCUGCGUCCACCCCCACCACAACCACCUCAGCAUCCUCCCGCUCCUGCUGCCCGGUGCGCGCUUCGUCGGCUCCUACGACGGCACCUGGAUCUUCCUCCACUACGGCGGCCCGACGCGCGCGCAUGGCCUCCUCAACCUCCGCACACGCCAAUCCGUCGCCAUCCCGUCCUCGUUCCUGCGCUCGGACGGCCUGAUUCUCAACGGCAUGUUCAUCCUCGCCGCCACGCUCUCGUCGUCACCGAACGACCCCAGCUGCAUCGGCGCCGCCAUCGUCGUAGCGUGGCGGGACCCAGACCCUUACGCCGCCGCCAUGGUGGCAGCGGCACCGCCCUCGCCGCGGUACCGUCGCUUCCUUGCGUUCUGGCGGAUGGGGUGGGCCGUGGCCUGCGAAAUGGCUCUAGGCGGCGCGGCCAGCCACCACCCGGGCGUCUACGAUGUGGAGGACGUCGUCCACCACGGCGGGGCCUUCAAUGUCCUCGUCAACUAUGGCGACCACAUCCUCGUGUGUACGCAGGCCGAGCCCGUGCACCAAGGAACCUGGGGGUGGAUGAAGUCGGAGUUGCUUUGCUUCCGGCCCGACGACGACGAGCGCAUCUACGGCCAGUUCGUCCGCGCUCGCCACAUCGUCGCGUCCCGAGGCGAGCUGCUCAAGGUCAUGAGGUGGAAACCUCGUCGUGGUCAGCCGACGUCGUCCAUGUUCAAGGUGUUCCGGGCGACGAAACGGCCGCAGAUGCCUGACGACGCCGACUUCCCCGUGGCGGAGUUCCCCUGGGCGUGGAGCGAGCUGGACACGCUGGAUGGCCGGAUUCUGUUCGUCGGGUAUGGCUGCUCCAGAUCGUACGACGCGGAUCAGUACCCGGACAUCGAGGCCGGCAUCUACUUCUUGGACGAUGGCAAGUUCUACGACGAGGGAGUCUUCUUCCGCGACCACUUUAUCAGGCCGUACCCCUGCAGCGACAAUGGGAAGUAUUCCGAAGGCUGUGUCCAGCGCUGCUUCCCGAAGACAGACAAAUCAGACCACUCUCCUCCGGCUUGGCUUCUCCCAUGAGGCGAGCUAGCUUGAUUUGUUUCAGAUCGCGUGUUAAUUGACGUUCUGAGGUAGCUGCUGAUUGCAAUAUUCAGAGUUUGGUAGUUGCUGGUUGCAAUAUUCAGAGUGAGAUAGUUACUGGUUGCAGUAUUCAGACUGUGAGUAGUUGUCGAAAUCACACGUAGUGCUUGAAUCGCUUAACUGUAUACUGCUUUCCAUUUCUCUGUCUGCUGUGUUGUUUUCUUUUCUGAAUGAAGAGCAAACAAUGGUUGUUGCUUAUAGAACCUUUCCAUUGUUGUUUUCAGCAAUCACCCUUGAGCUCAUUAGUCUUGAGUCUGAGAUCAUGUUAACUGACGUGAUGUGGUAGUUUGUGAUUGUAAUAUUCAGAGUGGUAAAGAUGUUAAAAUCUUUAGAUGCUGAUUAGUUUAGUCCAAUGAUUUGCAUUGGCGUGGUCAGAACUCUGAUAUGAUUUGCUUGUUUGUUCAAUCCAGUCUAGCAUGGAAUUUUGAUUUGCUUGUU